UGGCCGCUCUCAGCUCUCCGCUUACUCUCUGGUCAUAUUCAAGUGUAAUGUGUAAUUGUGUAUCCGAGCGUAGCGGAACGGAGCGGUUUAUUGUGUAAUACACAAGUUUGCGGAAUAAAAAGAUGGAAACAUUGAGCGGAAAUCCGACGUACAACGGUGAAUGUUGAAGUGUGCGAUGGCACACGCGAAUGCAUAUACUUUGUGAAUGUAACGAGAGAUAAAUGAGUUUGCAAGACAGCCUGUUUUCCGAGGAUGUCGAACACGACGUAACCAUAUUUACCAAGGAUACGACGCGUAAAAGAGUGCUCGUCUUCCCGCCUGUCAACAGUUAUCGUCGGUACUUGAUACACCAGCUGAUACAGGAUCGUUUCCCGGAUUUACUGCGUACCUUCUCGAUCGGCCAAGGCUGGGCUAGACGUACCGUAGUAUGCUACAAGAGCGAUGUGAGAAGCGACUGGGUCCCAAAACCGAAUGUUCUUGAGUGUAAAAUAAAUAUUGCGGCAAAACAAGAGGACACGACUUGCGGAAUGGGUAUCGAAGGCCGACGCUCGCCCUCGACAUCUCCAGAAUGCAAACUGCAGCGACAUGCCAAGUCGGUACCAACGGUUGAGAUUUAUCGACCGCCACCGGCUAGGAGGGCUAACAAUUGCCCUCAGAUAAAUAGUACACAGACGCAAUCAACUACAGAUUUAUCCUCGGUCAAGAAUGUACGUCAGAAACGACCUGAUCGAGCUGUGUACGUACCGAGACCUCGCAGAAGUUUAGAGACUGAAGAUAAGAAGCCGCAAAGUCUGAAAGUUUCUCACGCGACAUUAAAUGAAGAUUCAGCUAUGAAUAAUAAUUUGAAGCUACAAGAUGAAUGUUGUAGUCAACAAAAUAGAGGCGGUACGACUUUGAAUAAUCGCGACACGAAGAUCGAGGAUGAACGUUUCCCGCGAGAGAUUUCAGAAAACGUAGUUCCUUUAGAUUCUGAAAAAACUCUGGGCAAUACCGAGCACGUGUAUAAACUUUUAGAACAACUGAAAGAUGUGCCAACUUUAUCCGAAGAGGAAGAAACUGUCGCAACUAAUAACCUUGACGAAGAUAGUACCAAUUCCAGUCUGUUUAAAUUAUCCAACCGAGUUGAAAUCAAUGACAAAUCAUUAGAGAAGAUACAAGAAACUAUAGAAGAAAAUCAGUCCUCGCACGAACCGUGCGAGUCAAGUUGUAACGAUGUAAUCGAUGACAAAGCUAGACAACUAGUUGAGCAGAAUGUACCGGAUGUCCUAAUAAUUUCCGAUGCCAUUCAAAACAAAUCCAAGGAGUCUGAACAACUCUCUUCAAUCGUUGUAACGCCACCCGAGAAGAAAGUAAAAAAGGUGGAGAGGCAAAAGAGCAAACCGGUUCCGCCACCUUCUCCACCUCUGAAAAUGAACAGAGACGAGUGCGAUUGGGAUAGCUUAUUUGACGACAAUGGCGAUUGUUUAGAUCCAACGUUAAUAGACGAGCUUACGUCAGCAGUAGGUGAAGUAGUGAUAGAGCAACCAAAGAACGUUUACAAGACAUACAACAAACAAGUUGAGGUGUCCAGCGACGAGUUUGCACACGUUGUAGAAAUUUACAAUUUCCCUUCCGAGUUCAAGACUAGCGAUUUGGCAGCUGUCUUCAGUUCUUUUAAGAAUGGUGGUUUUGAGCUCAAGUGGGUGGACGAUACUCAUUGUUUGGGAGUUUUCAGCAGUCCCCUCGUUGCUGCCGAAGUGUUAGCAUCGAAUCAUCCAUUUGUGAAAACGAGACCACUUAGCGAAGCUACUGCUUUGAGUAAAACGAAAGCUAGAAGAAGCGCCGAAUUUUUGCAACCUUAUAGGAAUCGUCCUGAAACGUGCGCCGCCUUAGCUAGAAGAUUAGUUACAGGUGCAUUGGGCGUGAGGCUUGCCACGGCUAGACAAGAACGUGAACAUGAAAAGAAUGUAUUACGCGAAGCAAAAGAAAAAAGACGAUUAGCCAAUAAACAACGAGAGGACGUUUGGGAGGGCAUAAUACCUACAAAGUAGCGUUAUAUAUCGCUAAUAUAGAGGAAUAUUUAUAAUGAUUUAUACCUCAUUGUACAUUAUACGCAUUCACAUUAUGGUGGCUGCGUAGGCAUAGCCUACCAUGGCUCGCAUAACGUUAUUCUGGUAUUAGCGCGCAUGCGUAUAUUUGUGCCUUACUCGUCUAUUCUUUACAUUGAUAAACAGAAAAUUGAACACACCUUUUUCCCCAAUUUGUUCGCUUUGCUACAGAAAACGUACGAUGAUUUGUCAGUGAGGAGUUAAACAUGUAAAUAUUAGCUAUAUGUAGUAAAUAUCUGAGAUUAUUUAAUUGAAUAAUUGUCUUUCUCAAACAUUGUUGAGACAAUAUUAUCAUUUUACAUAUGAAUGUAAAAUCGGUAUGAGGAAAAGUAGCAAAGACGACCAGCAGUGCCCACCCAUGUCUCGUAUAUCUUUCCGAUACAGGAAUAUAAUUUUUUUUAACGAAUAGAAUAUGUAAUACUGAGUGAUUAUUCGUUUGAAAUUAAAAUUUGAUAUCAGAAUUGUAAACGGUUUAUACACAGCAACAAACAAUAAUGUAGUGUAGCUUGAUCGCAGGACAAUAAGUUAAGUUACUGCUAGUAACAAGAUUCUUUCACGCGCACAUCGAUUCGUUAUAGCGAUAUUUCAAAAUAUAUCUUUACAAGGUUUUUACAUAGUUGAACAACAUAAUCAGUAUAAAAAUAUUAUCAAAGUGGCAUUAAAAUUAUAUUUCAAUGUAAUACUACAAUAUAUUUGACAAUUUUGACUUGUGCCACUUAUAUGUCUGUUACAUAUACAUACAUACAUACAAAUGUUACAAACCAACGCACAUUAUCUAUUCAUAUUACAGAGUUGCUGAGUAUAAAGAGAAUGGUAUUUUUAUAUACAAUUGUUAUCAAUGUGAAACAGAGAUGUAUCACCUAUCCCUAGUCAAUGUUCACAAAAGAAGCGUUACUUACAUGUUAAUAUGUCACGGGAUUGAUUAAGAAGAUGUUUUGUGAGAAAAGAGAAAUACAAAUAUUUUCUAAACCAUAA